AUGAAUGAUGAUGAAGAUACAACUGAUUGUAUUCAAGUUACGUUAACAAGAUCACCAUUACAUGGUUUUGGUAUUGCAAUAAAUGGUGGCAAUGAUGACAUUGAUAAUCAAUCAUUAAUCAUAACGGAUAUAAUUAAAAAUGGACCAGCUGAUGGCAAACUUUUACCUAAUGAUCGUAUUAUAAAUGUCAAUGGUCAUCCAGUUGUACGUUAUAUGGAAUAUAUAGCAUUAAAAUUAAUUCGUGAAUCAACAGAUUUUGUUAAUUUGAUUAUUCAACGACAAAAACAUCCAAUAAUUCAAUCGGAUAAUGUAUUACCAAUAAAAUGUAUAUUAAAUAAAACACGUAAAGAUGAAAAAUUUGGUAUUACACUUGAUUGUCGAUAUUUUAUUAAAAAAAUUCAUUUUAAAAAUAAUGAAAUAUUUACAAGUAUUCAAGAAGAUGAUGAAGUUAUUAAAAUUAAUGAAAUACCAGUUGAUCGUUUAACAUUACAAGAAGCACAAAAAUUAAUUGAUAAAACAAAAGAACGACUUAUUCUUUAUACUAUACCAAAUAAAGUACAUAAUCAUCAAGAAUUAACAUCUUCAUAUAAACAAUUACAUUCAGAUUAUAAUCAACAUAUAUUUGAACAAUUAACAAAUAAUCAUCAUAAUAUUAUUCGACCAUAUAAUGGAACAAGAUAUGUAUCAUUUUUUACAGAUACAUCAAGUAUUGGUAUUCGAUUAGCUGGUGGUAAUAAAUAUGGUUUAUUUAUUUGUGAAAUACAAUCAAAUAGUAUUGCAUAUAAAGCAGGAUUAUUUAUUGCUGAUAAAAUUUUUAGCGUGAAUAAUAUUGAUUUUACUAGUUUAACACGUGAAGAAGCUGUUUUAUGUUUAAUGAAUAUGAAAACAUCUCAAGUGAAUAUGAUUGUUUCAAAUUUACAAGAUGAAUAUGAACAAUUAUUAAGUGAUAUCGGUGGUGAUUCAUUUUAUAUUCGUACUCAUUUUGCUUAUAAUUCAUCAAAUGUUGAAGAAUUGUCAAUACGUAUUAACGAUAUUUUUCAUGUAACAGAUACACUUUAUAAUGGUCAAGUUGGUUAUUGGGUUGCAACUAAAUUAAAUAAAUUUUCAUCGGAAAAUAAACAAACUGGAGCUAUACCUAAUCAAUCUCGAGCGGAACAAUUAGUUGAUGUUGUACCGAAUCUUGAAGAAUUAAUUAAAUCAAAGCAAUCAUCAUUGAAAAGAAAAUUACGAACAAAAUUUAGUGAUAAACGAUCACGAUCGGUUUUAUCAUCAAAUUAUUUUAAAGAAGACUCGAUAUUGAAUAAAGUUACUUGUUGGAAACCCAUGAUCAAUUCCAAAUUUUCUACUUAUGAACGAGUUAGACUUAAGCCAAUCACAAUUAUUAGACCAGUAGUUCUUUUGGGUCCUUUAGCUGAUAUUGCACGAGAUCGGUUACUUGAACAGUAUCCUGAUAAAUUUGAAUUACCUGAAACUUAUAUGGAAUCAUCCACGAAAGCACUUGCUAAUAUUAUUAAAUUACAAAGUAUUAAAAAUGUUAUUCAAAAAAAUCGUCAUUGUCUAUUAGACAUAACUCCAUCAGCUAUUGAACAAUUAAAUUAUGCUGAAUGUUAUCCAAUUGUUAUUUAUUUCAAAGUUUCUAAUCGUCGUAUAAUUAAACAAAUUCGUAAUGAACAUGGAAAACUUUAUCAAAAAUCGUCUCGACGUUUAUUUGAAAAUGCUGAACGUCUUGAAUAUUUUUAUUCUUAUUUAUUUACAUCAAUUAUUAAUCUAGAUUCAUCAAUAAAUUGGUAUGAAAAAUUAAAAUCUCAAAUUGAAUUUCAACAAGAAGAAUCUAUAUGGAUGAGUAAUGAACGAUUUAUUGAAAAAGAUUUAUUAAAAUCAGAUGAAUAUUUUAUUUCAACAAGAUUAAGUUAUUCAGAUGAUGUUUCAUUUCAAGAUCAAUCAACUUUAGAUUUAAAUAUAAUAAAUAAAAAAGAAAAAAAUUGUUUACAAAGAGUUGCAUCAGAUCCUAUUAUGUUUCAACAAGAGAAAUUUUCUAAAACAUAUUCAAAUGAUUUACCUCAUCAUCUCAGUAAUGAUGAUGAAGAAGAUGAUAGUAUAUUUAUGCAAACUUCUACAAUAUCAUUACCAAAUAAUAGCCAUACACUUAUUGAUAUGCCUACAACAGAUAAUGAACAACAUCCAUAUCAAUCUGAUAUAUUAUAUUCAAAUGGUUCAUUUCUUAAUCCACGAUCAUUCAUAAAUUCAAAAACAAAUAAUAAUGAUCAUUUAUUUUCAACAGAUAAAUUUAAUAUUAAUCUGAAUACAUCGUUCAAUCAAUAUGAAAAAAAUUAUAUUGAAAAUGAAAUAAAAUUUAUUUCUACAAAUUCUUUUAAAGCAAAUCAAUUAUCUUCAAAUCAAAUUUCAUCAAGACAAUCAUUUAUUCCAUCAAAAUAUUCAACUAUAAAUUUUAAUGAACGAAUUAAUUUAAAUAAUAAUGAUGAAUCCACUAGAAAAAAUUCAAAUGAUAAAUCAACAAUGACUGAUAAAAAUUCAACAGUUAAUUUAUACGCUACAUGGAAUAGAUCGACAACACCUUGUCCAAAAAUCUUAUCAAAUAAUCAGUUGAAUAAAGUUGAUUCCAUACAUAAUAUAUCUGUAGAAAAUGGAUGUCAUAUUAAACAAAUACCAUCGAUUAAUUCCGAUGAAAAAUUUGCUACUGAAGCAUUAUUAAAACAAAAAAUGUGUUCAAGUAAAAAACAUCGCCAUAAAUUAAAUAGUAGUACAUUUUCAUCAGAUGAUUCAAAGUCUCCAUAUUUCUCUACAUCUUCAUUACAAAAACCACGUGUUUACACUCCUGAUAAUCGAAUUUUACUUAAUCAACCACAAACCAUACAUUCGUCUUCAUCUGGAUCAUCAACAUUGAGUUUCAAAGAUAAAACUAUUAAAGAAGUUGGUGAAACCAGAUCAUAUUCAAUACAAGAUGGAUCUAAUGUUAUCGGUAGUGCACGUGGUGUUAUAGAUUAUUACGGUGGAAAACUUUCUUGUCCUUUAACAGGUGUAUCAUUAUUUAUACCUAUGGGUGCAAUACCUGAAGGUGUUCAACAAGAAAUUUAUUUUCAAGUUCAUCAAGAUGAUUCAAAUAAUGAAAAAUUUCAUGGUAAAUUAUUAAGUCCUAUUGUUAUAUGUGGUCCACAUGGAAUUCAAUUUCAAAAACCAGUAGAAUUAAUUAUACCACAUUCAGCUGGAAAUGAUGCUCAACAAUUAUCUCUUCUUCUACAUGGUGCUAAUCAAGAUAGCAAAAUAAAUUAUCAACAGCAUAAUAAAUCAUUGAUAAUGAAUGGAAUUAAUCAUGUAACAAAUUCAAAUGUCUCAAUUCUAGUUGAUCAUUUUUAG